GCGAGUCAAUUUAUGGAAUGAAAAGGAGGCUGUUUAAUGGUUCCCAUCAAAGCCGCUAAAAACAUCAUCGCACUGACUGACUUUGGCGAGGAUUCCUGCAGCGGACUGCGACCUGAACAAACACGGAGAGACACUUUCAGGGGGGUUUCAUCAGGGUCUGAAGUUCCCAGGAGAGAAGAACUUUUUUCCUCCCAUCUUUCUCAUCAAACAGGAUACUUUGGGAAAAGCCGAGAAUAAGCGUAGAGCUCUUAGUAAUUUAACUGCUUUAUUUCCACUGAAGUGAGUUCGGUGGUUCAUGUUUACAAAUGUUAGCGGUCGGACAGAUGGACGCUAACCGGCAGAGUGCGUUCGUUCUGGGCAGCACCCCGCUGGCGGCGCUGCACAACAUGACCGAGAUGAAGACGUCGCUGUUCCCGUACGCGCUGCAGCAGAGCCCGGCGGGUUUCAAGGCGCCCUCCCUGUCCAACCUCAGCUCGCAGAUCUCCGGCGGGACCCCUCACGGAAUAAGCGACAUCCUGGGGAGACCCAUCACGACCGCGGGGCAGCUGCUGUCCGGCUUUCCGCGGAUUAACGGCCUGGCGACUACAGCGGCCGGGAUGUACUUCAGCCCCGCGGUGUCUCGGUACCCGAAGCCGCUGGCCGAGCUGCCCGGCAGGGCGCCCAUUUUCUGGCCCGGAGUCAUGCAGGGGGCCCCGUGGAGGGACCCACGGGUUCCUUGUCCAACUCAGGCUAACAUCAUGAUGGACAAAGACGGAAAGAAGAAGCACUCUAGGCCGACGUUUUCAGGACAGCAGAUUUUUGCUUUGGAAAAAACCUUUGAGCAAACCAAAUAUCUGGCUGGACCUGAGAGAGCCCGGCUGGCCUACUCCUUAGGAAUGACAGAGAGUCAAGUCAAGGUUUGGUUCCAGAACCGGAGGACAAAGUGGAGGAAGAGGCACGCAGCAGAGAUGGCCUCAGCCAAGAAGAAGCACGACUCUGAAACGGAGAAGAUGAAGGAGAGCUCAGACAACGAGGAUGACGACGAAUACAACAAGCCGCUGGACCCCAACUCUGACGACGAGAAAAUUACGAGACUGUUGAAGAAGCACAAGACCACCACCAACCUGGCCCUGAUCAGCCCCUGCAGCAACAGCUCGGACACCUUGUGAUCGAAAGACCAAAGGGGUCCGGCAGAGACCCGUCCUGAUUAGUUCCCACCUGACAUAACAACAUGCGUUUGAAGGGAAGCGCAUUUGUUUUUUGUUUUUUUGCUCGGGCAGAAAAGAAAAAAAGCCAGAGAGGGGGGCUUCAUAUAGACUGGACACACAGAGCUCCAGAACGCCUUGUUUGAGCUGAACCUCAAGAAAAAAAAAACUGAGACAGAUUCACUGAGUUUCUGUCAGUGAAGAGGACAAUAAACGCGAGGAGGAAGCCUGCCUUUUCCAACAUAAACUGGGACUUUUAAUAGCGACGCUAAAUUUAAACAUUACAUCCGGAUCAGUACCAUUCCCACAUUUUAUUUAUUUUAUCUUUUUUUUUUUUUUAACAAUGCACCGAUCAGGCUUUUCUUGGCCAAUACCAAUAAUGUUUUAUUUCUUAGAAAUGUAAAACAUAAAGUGCUGCAGCAUUUUUCAAAUAGCUGUUUUCAAUUUAGGAGACAGAUCCUCCUAUUUAUGCAUUGAAGCUUGUUUUGUUCCAGUCUAAAACUAAACCCAUCAACCAACCAGAGAUAUAAUCAGCAAACACUAAAACGUUCAUUAAAUGCAUCAAAAGUAGGAAUUCCUACUUUUUUUUUUGGUCCAUACACAUCAAACCAGCUUUGAUGCACUUUUUCUUCCUUUAAUAUUAGCAUUAACCCUGGAAAGUGUCAGGGACUGAUAUUAAGGCACAUAAGUAGGGAUAUAUUUUUUAAGUCUGUUUAAAAAUAAAAAGUUAAACUUCAUAAAUAGCCUGAUCAUUGCAACAGUAAUUUAAACUUCCUAUUUAGUGCAGGAUUUUCUUUUUCUCCUGAUAAAAUCCUUACAUUCCUUUCUUGAUCCUUUGUAUUGUUUAAGGUCUGCUCUAAUAUUUUUUUUGCUGUCAACAACAGUAAUAAUCUGUUGUGAGCUCUUAUUUUUUUAAUUUUUGUUUGUUUCCGUUAUCGACCCCCAUGCUGAUCCGGAUCCCAGACGCAUGAUCCCAACGGCAGGCGUAAACGGGGCCUGUGAGGCUUCUAAAAGUUCACUUUAACCAGGGUAUAUCUGCUGUGCUAAAAAAAAAAGAAAAUUGUGUCUUUAGUUUUUGGGAGUGUUGACGGGGAGGGAGGGGUCUGUUUUGCAAUGAGUGAAAUGAGAUUGUAUAUAUUUUUUACUGGAUAAGUUAUGUUGGUUCAAACUGCGCUUAUUGUCUCCCUUCCUCAGCUGUAAUGAUCAGCUGUUAAAGUUUCUAAUAUCUGCAGAGCCAUUUUUUUCUUUUUCAACUUUCAAUUCAAAUUUUCACGCAGAGGUGUAGGCAAAAAUGGAUGCUGUAAAUAAUUGUAAAAUGAAGAAGAAAAUGCAUUUUUCUUUAACAUCUUUGUUUUCAUUCAGAGGAGUUUUUUGGUUUUACCUCAUCAUGCAGUGGGACAAAAAACUGCAGCAUCUUUAUGUUGAGCUUAAAAAAAAAAAGAAGAAAAAAGUAUUAUUGCUUCCGGGAAGAAUAUAGGAAGAAAAAAAAAAAAGAAUUUGUAUUAUGAAUAAAUUAUUUAACAAGCUUUUCUUGUCUUA